AAUCCAGAGAGAGAGAGAGAGAAACCGAGUUCGGGCAGAAUUUGGUGAUAAACAAAUCUUAUCGAUAUCGAAUAUGAAUAUUCUAGUAUAAUUUUAAUUUUAAUUGUCUAUUUCGUACUGAUGCUAGAAAUGGAAAUUGUGAUUUGAAUAAACUUUAACCAUAAUCGGUGGUACUUGAAGUACUGUAUUCAUAUCAGCCGAUAUCACUUGAUCAAUAAUCUCAUCAAGCUCAAGUUUCACCUUUGAAAAUUCGCGAUGCCAAAGUAUUACUGCGAUUAUUGCGAUACAUAUCUUACUCAUGACUCGCCAUCUGUUCGUAAAACCCACUGUCAAGGAAGAAAACAUAAAGAUAAUGUCAAGUUCUACUAUCAGAAAUGGAUGGAAGAUCAGGCCCAACAACUAAUUGAUGCUACAACUGCUUUAUAUAAAGCAGGUAAGAUAGCGGCGAAUCCGUUUUCGAAUCAAAAAGGGGUUGCGAUUCCUCCUCCGGCAUCGUUAGCAGUUCCUCCGGGGUUACCUCCGAUGCCUCCAAUGGGAAUGCCACCGGGAAUGCCUCAAGCUAUGAUGGCACCACCGCUCCCUGGUAUGCCACCUCCUGGUGUUGGAAUGAUGGUUCCACCAAUACCUCAGGUUGUGCGUUCUGGACCAGUACCUCCGAUGAUGAUGCCAAUUCCACCACCAAUGGGGCAAAUGGCACAAAUGCGAAAUCCUUUGUUGACGAAUCCUCAAAUGAGUAUGAUGCCGGCAACAAAGUAAACACUUACAAGUAUUUUGUCUCAUCACAUUCUUGUAUAGUAACUUGAGUCAUGUUUCUUUUUGAAUUUGUUAUAUAUCUGUGCAUUUUACCUUUAAAAUAGAACCCUGUAUUUAUUAAAACAUUUCAUAAUA